CUGCCACUAAAAUCGUUGCUUUACCGAUUCAAAACGAAGUUCUAAAUUCUUAACCUUAGAAAGCAAGGUAGUAACCAAUCCUUUUGCUUCGUGGCAUGAGAGCUUUUAAGCGAAUAACGAACUGUGCUUCCUUCAGCCCAUAUGCUCCCCCAAUUUCUCUUCGUCUAUUGUUCCCCUCCUUAAAUUUCUCAUCAGAUCAAACAAACAAUCCUUCAGACUCAAAACCCAAUGAAAAUCUCAUUCUCCAAGUUCCAUUUCCACCUGUUUCAUUGAAUACUGGUUUCAAGAAUGCCCACCAACUCUUACAGAAGAAGAUCUCACCUUCAAAAAUCGAUUUCUAUGCGUCUUUGUUCUGCAUACUAAUAGAGACUUACUUGACCUGCCGUAGAUUUACAGAAGCAUCAGAAGCAUUUGUUUCAAUGAGAAAUAAUGGGCUCAAUCCAGAUUUACACGCAUGGAAUCGACUGCUAUUCAAAUUCAAUAGUUCUGGUUUGAUUUCUCAGGUAUGGGUUGUGUAUUCAGAAAUGCUAUCUUGUGGGGUAUUUCCGAAUGUUUUCACUUACAACUUAUUACUGCACUGUUUAUGCAAAGUGGGUAGGUUCAGGAUGGCUUUAGAUUUGCUUAGAACCGCAGCAGACGUUGACAAUGUUAGCUUUAAUACUGUCAUCUGGGGGCUCUGCAAUGAAGGAAAUGUGGAACAGGCUGUUGGGUUGUUGUCAGAAAUGAUGAAGAAGUGUAUUGAGAUUGAUUCUUCUACUUGUAAUAUCUUGGUCAAGGGGUUUUGCCAAAUUGGUUCAUUAAGCAAUGCAGAAUUGCUGAUGAAUGACUUUCAUAAUGCGUGUAUUGAUCGAGAUAUUGUAUGUUUUAACACAUUGAUUGACGGUUACUGUAAAAAUGGAGACAUUAGUAGAGCUCUCGGGUUGAUGGAGACUAUGAGAAGGGAGGGUAUCUGGCCAGACAUCGUUAGUUAUAACACAUUAAUCAAUGGUUUUUCUGCCACUGGGGAUUUUGUUGAGGCAAAAAAUCUCAUGAAUAAAAUUUUUGGUUGUAGGAAUGUUCGAUUUUUAGAAAAUGAUACUGUUCAUCAGGAUCAUAGAACAACAGAGGAUAAUGAAGUAGAUGGCUCAGGUUUGGAGCCAAACCUUAUUACAUACACCACACUUAUCAGUGGAUACUGUAAGCAGGAAGGGCUUGAAGAAGCACUUACUUUGUAUGAGGAGAUGGUUAAGAGUGGUUUCAUGCCUGAUGUAAUUACUUACAGUUCCAUUCUAUAUGGCCUUUGCAAAAGUGAGAGGCUUGCUGAAGGCAUGGUACUAUUAAGGGAGAUGGAAGAGAUGGGUGUGACUCCUAAUCAGAUCUCUUAUUCUAUUCUAAUUAAUUCCUUCUUUAAAGCUGGGAAUGCUGUUGAAGUUUUCCUCCUGUGGAAAGAAAUGUUGGUUCGGGGAAUUGUCUUUGAUUUGGUAGUGUGUAAUACUUUGAUGGAUGGACUUUUCAAGGUUGGAAAGGUUGAUGAGGCAGAGAAUGUAUUCCAAUUGCUGUUCGAGCUCAAUCUUGCCCCAAAUUAUAUCACCUAUUCUGUGUUGAUUGAUGGACGUUGCAGGGCAGGUGACAUGAAGGGUGCUGAAUCUGCAGUCCAAGAAAUGGAGAAGAAAAACAUGGCUCCAAAUGUUAUUAUAUAUUCGUCUAUUAUUAAUGGCUACUCUAAAAGGGGAAUGCUUGAUGAAGCUGUUGAUGUUUUGACGAAGAUGGUGGAUCGAAAGGUCUUGCCAAAUGUUUUCACUUAUGGUACAUUGAUUGAUGGCCACAUUAGGGUGGGUAGACAGGAAAUGGCAUUAAACCUUUAUAAGGAAAUGACAAGUAGAGGUUUGGAGGCAAACACUUUCAUACUUGAGGCUUUCUUAAAUAGCUUUAGGAAAGAAGGACGCCUGGAGGAAGCAGAGACGUUGUUUAAAGAUAUGAUGCAGAGGGGUGUAUCACCGGACUGUGUUAACUACACUUCACUAAUGGAUGGCUUAUUUAAGGCAGGAAAUGAGUCUGCUGCUCUUAAAAUUGCCCAAGAAAUGACUGAAAAACAUCAAGGGUUUGAUAUCGUGGCGUUCAAUGUCUUCAUCAAUGGUCUCUUAAGGCUUGGCAAAUCUGCAGAAGCACAAUCAAUUUAUACAGGAAUAAGACAGAUGGGCUUAGCUCCUGACCGUGCUACAUUCAACAUCAUGAUCAAUGCAUACUGCAAAGAGGGAAACUUAAAGAAUGCUCUCCAACUCUGGAAUGAAAUGAAGAGUUAUGGGUUAGUGCCCCAUUCAACCACUUGUAACAACCUAUUAAGAGAGUUCUGCAAGGCCGGUGAAAUGCAGACAGCAAUGGAUUUGUUGAAUGAAUUGGUGAUUUCAGGAUUUUCCCCAGACGCAGUUACUCAUAGAUUAUUGCUUAGUGCAUGUUCUAAGAGUAAUAUUGCGUCAGUAUUUCAAAUGCAUGAAUUGCUCAUAGCUGUGGGACUUACACCUAAUCGUACUGUUUAUAACACAUUCCUCACUAUCUUAGGUAAUCUAGGGAUGACAAGGAAAGCUAGUUUUGUACUAUCAGAUAUGAUAUCAAGGGGAAUUGCUGCAGAUACUACUACAUAUAAUGCUCUUAUACAUGGAUAUUGCAAAAGUAGCCAUCUGGAGAGAGCGCUUACUAUGUAUUCUGAAAUGUUGGUUGAGGGAAUUUCUCCAGAUGUGACCACCUACAACACGCUUCUGCAGGGGCUUUCUACUGGUGGUUUGAUGGUAGAGGCUGAUGAACUAGUUGAUGAGAUGAAGAAAAGAGGCUUGGUGCCCGAUGCAUCUACAUAUGACAUUUUGGUUUCAGGCCACGGGAAGAAAGGAAAUAAGAAGAAAUCUAUAAUGCUGUACUGUGAGAUGGUAUCAAAGGGAUUCAUUCCCAAAACUGGUACCUACAAUGUACUUAUUAGUGAUUUUGCAAAGGUGGGGAAGAUGGAUCAAGCUAGAGAGCUUCUGAAUGAGAUGCAAAUCAGGGGGGUAUCACCUAAUUCUUCAACUUAUGAUAUACUAAUCAGUGGAUUCUGCAAACUAGCUGGUCAAGUUGAAUUGUCAAAUCUAAGAGUAUCAUAUCGUGCUGAAGCAAACAUGCUUUUCGAAGUGAUGAACGAGAAAGGGUUUAUUCCACGUAAAAGUACUCUUAUUUUUAUCAGUGAUACCCUUGCAAGAGUGGGGAAGAAGUGGAAGGCUCGGAGGUUAAUGAAAAAACUUUUUAAGAGAAUGAAGAGUAAGAGAACAGGUACUCUUUCCAGUAGAAGUGGGGAUUCAUGAUUGGUUGAAAAGCAAAGAGUU